AUGUCGGAAGACAAAGCUCAAUAUCUGACCCCUACCUAUUCCCUUGGUGGUGCGGGGAAUUUUGCAGCUCAUUCAUCGUCAAAUCAUGCGCUACUCAAAGAGGAAUUGCUGGGACGUGUCAAGUACGAUGAUCCGACCGUUUUCAAGAGACUUCGCAUCCAAGACGAGGACGCCACAAACAUCGAACGCUGCCAUCAAUUCUAUCAAGACAAGCAGGACCACAACCUCCAGAGACUGCUUGAGGUCACCGGAAAGAUUGAUCCUCGAGGCGAGAAGCGCAAGCGGGAAGUAGAACAGAAGAUGUACGAGCCCCUGCAACAGAUCUUCAACUUCUUGGCCAACUUCGACGGCCGUGCAGGUGUGAGACGAGACUUCAUCGAGUCUGCGCAAGCGCCACACGCCUGGGCUCCCCCGACUGCGGCCAAAGAUGCAUUCACUCCGGGUUUCCCUCGAUUCCGUCCCGACUUCGACCUCGUCGAUAAGGGCUCUUCCGCACACCACUGGGACAGAUGUGUGGGGUUCGUCGAGGUCAAAGCCGACCGAGAGGAUGGUAAUCCUCCCCAAGACAUGAACAAGACGGUGAAAGAGGUGGUCAUGCAAUGCGCGGAUUACGCACGCAUCCAUCUGGCUUGCCGCCAGUUCUGGGUUUUCAGCGUCGUGCUAAUCAUUACGGCGAUGGACUUUCGCGUGGCAAUCGUCGAUCACACGGGCGUUCUUCUCUCUCCGCGACACAGCAUCAUCGACGAUCGCGGCGACGGCGCCGGCGGACAGCGGGACGCGAGGAUGUUCGUACGGGUCGUGCGCGCCCUCUCCCGAUCACUGAGCGAGAGGGAACUGGGACAAGACCCUUCCGUCACGCCGCUAUCACAGAAGGAACUGGAAGAGCUUGCACAUAGCUCGUCCAUUCCCGGCGAGCUCAGGCGAGUAAUCAUGCCUGGGAACGAUGAUUAUUAUCCCUCUUAUAUCGUUCCGUUCCACGGGCCUGAUAAUCGAACCUGGUGCACGGUCGGACCGCCGAUCUGGGUGUCUCUGUCGCUUUUCGGCCGGGGGACAACCGUAUGGCGUGUGGUCGAGCUAGUGACCUCAAACACGAAGCGCGGCUUCUCUGGCGAGAUGCGCGUACUGAAGUCGUCGUGGCGAGAUCAGCGACGAUCGCCUGAGGCGGACUUGUAUCGGGUCAUCAGCACGUAUGAUGACUGCCCUCCGGGCGUUCCUGAACUGCUGUGCGGAGGAGACGUGCUCUACGGAGAUCGUCAGCCGCUGAAGCUGUUGACCACGGCACAGUUACGUGGCGACCAAGAGUCCAGCGAGUCGAAGGUGCUUCAUCGCCUCGUUCUGUCCAUCGUUGGCGAGGGCUUGUGGAAGUAUACGGACGAGUUGCAGCUUCUGCGUGCGUUCCGCGCGGUCGUCGAAGUACACGAGUAUUUGUGUAGCAAGGGAAUCAUUCAUGGGGACAUCAGUGCGGGAAAUUUGCUUCUCUGGCCGGGACCCUCGGCGAAGGCUGCCGGCUUCCUAUCUGACUUCGACUUGGCCCAUUUCGACGAGAGUGUGCUGCCACACGCGCAGGAGAAACCCGUGGAUAUCGCAUCCGAGGUCAAACAUGCCAGUGUCACUGAGAAUACACGCGGUCACAUCCCUGUCACUGGAACCCUUCAGUUCAUGGCACUUGAACUACUGGGUUCUGCAUUCUCCAAGAAGGCAAUUGAACACACUGCAGCCCAUGAUCUUGAAGCCAUCAGCUAUGUUCUGGGAUAUACUGUUCUGCGGCAACUCACCAGUGGUCAAGGUUGUCCUGGGCCGCUUGGCGAGUACUUCAAGAAGGUGUUUGGUGCCAUGUCACUUCUUGAUAUCAUGGAGUGGCGUGGGAGUGGGUCACCUCUGAAAUGGGCUGUUUCAAACAGCUGGGAUGAGGAAGUAGAGGCAUUUCUCAGCCAACAUGUCUCUGGGCCUGUUGCUCAUGUUAUGCACCAUAUGAGCCAGGUAAAUCAGAAUGCCCACCUCAGGAUAGAGAAUGCCACUGCAAGGCGCAGAUAUGAGUCUGAUGAUGACUCAGAUACUGAAGCCAGUGAAGAGAAAGACUGCACUCACAGCCACUAUUUGAAGAUUCUCAAUAAAGGCAUAAGGAGACUGGAAAAAUCCCCAGCAUCUGUGAAGACAUUCAGCCCAGUUUUGCAAACCCCUUACUUGGCCAAAUCUCACUCCUCUGGCAACCCUAAGAAGAAGCAGAAGAAGGCAGUCUGA